CAUAAGUGUUGAGCUUGGAAACUCUCUGUUUACCAGUAGUUGGAAUGUCUAUGGUGAAUGAUUUUGUAACUGGCCAGCAGAACUUGUUGGCCCAAGAGCUAAAAGAUCUUUCACUCAACAAUGAGAACUCUCAUCAACGUGAUCUCGCAAAAGAGCAAAAUGGAUACCAUAUUAGCCAGCAAGGCCAAAACACUCAAGCUUCAGCAUCAGCAAAGAAAAGAAGAGGACACCAUGCGUUUCACAACCUUACUUCACCAGCACCUCAGGCUUACGAGCACGAGCACGUCGACCCAAAUGAAGCUGCUUCCGCCGUCGGACUGUUCCCACCCCAGUUUUCAAAUCAAUAUGAUAUGAGCAGCGGUGGUAGUGGUUCACAGAAUGCAAAUUCAAAUUUCCUACAAAAUAAUUUUGGUAUUUCGCCUCAGAUGUCUGAAACAUCCCGAAAUGAUGCCUUAGUUCAAAAAAAUGAUAAUGGUUUUUCUAACGAUAUCUACAACAUCAAUCAGGCAACCGUGGCAGAAGAUCUUUCUGUACCAGGUAUUAGAAAUCAUCUGAACGAAAUCUACAAAGAGAAGGAAUUCCUAAGUUUCGAGCAUGUGUCGCCGCCCCUUGCAGGUACAGAAUACAAAGCAAUUGAUCAGGCAAAUUCCAUUCCUCAGUUUUCGAGAUUGUCAAUGUACAGUAUACCCUUUUGUGAAGAACUGAGAGAGAAAUCUAAAAUACCACUAGGGUUUUGUUUGAGACCUUUUGCCGACUAUGUUCCUCAAUCUGAAGUGCCAAUGAAAGUUCCGCAGAUCAAAAUUCAAGAAGGUGAGGUGGUCCCUAGGUGUAGAAGAUGCCGAGCAUAUCUCAACCCUGCAAUGCAGCAUAACGGCCGAAACAUGAUAUGUAACAUCUGUGGUUUUGCUUCUCCGGUUCCUGAAGCUUAUGCAUCAACUGUUAAUUUCCAGGGUGUUAGAGAUGAUUAUCAUCUUCGUCCAGAGUUGCAUACUGGUGUUGUCGACUAUAUUGUACCUAAAGAAUAUAACCUCAACGAAAACGAGGAUCUCUCGCCUCUUCAUAGAGUCUUUCUGAUUGAUCUAACACAUGCUUCCUACAAAAAUAAACUUGUUGAAACUGUUUGCUCCGCCAUUAGAAUGGCAAUUUAUAGAGAGGAUGGUUCGUCUAAUUUACCACCUGGAACAUUGAUAUCAAUCAUGGGAUUUGAUAACAAUUUGCAUUUUUACAAACUAUCACCUGAAUUACAACAAACUACAGUGUCUAUAGUUACAGAUUUGGAAGAUCCGUUUGUGCCAUUCAAUGACGGACUAUUUGUUGAUCCUGUCGAGUCCUACAAUACAAUCGAUUUGACACUAACUACGAUUGAACAAAAUGCUAGGUAUUUAACGCCAGAACCUGCUUUGGGAUCUGCCUUGACUGCAGCUGGACUCCUUCUGAAAGAGUUAGGGGGCGGUCAGGUUGUGGCCUUUUUAUCAACGCUACCAUCUUUUGGUCCUGGUGCUUCGUUACCAAGAAACAACAAUAACAACAAGCUUGAUGCAGAUUUUGUGAAAGAAACACUUACGCCUGCAAGUAAAUACUACAAGAAUUUGGCCACAGAAUUUGUGAAAAAUAAUGUUGGCUUGAAUCUCUUUGUUGCUUCCAACAGUAAUGUUGAUCUAAUCAAUUUAGGUACGUUGGCAGUAAACACAGGCGGAACAGUGAAAGAGUGGCUUCCGUUUAACGUUGAAAGAGAUGAUAUUACUUUGAUCUAUGAGCUCAAGAAGGUUAUUCAAUACGUGGCGGGCUAUCAAAGUCAACUGAAAGUCCGUUGCUCUCAUGGCUUGCAAGUAAAUAAGUAUUACGGGCCUUUUGCAACUGUUAAUGGAGAUUCUGCUCCUAACAUUCCUAUUGUAUCUGGAGAUACGUCUAUUGUUUGUGACUUCAUCUACGAUUCAAAAUUGGACACCAAAAAAGAUGUUCAUUUCCAAGCAGCAUUAUUGUAUACCACAAGUGAAGGUGUGAGAAAGGUUAGAGUGAUCAACAACAUAUUGUCUGUCACACAAAGGAUUUCCGACGUCUUUGAUUUCAGUGACCAAGAUACGAUUGUCAAAAUUCUCAUCAAAAGAGCGAUAGAGAAGAUUAGCACUGCUAAUCUCGUCGCAUUGAAAAGCUCAUUGAUGAUGCAAUGUUCUGAAAUAAUGGCGGCAUACAAGUACUAUAUUGCAAGGCACAAUGCAAUGCCUACCCAGCUAGUAUUGCCUCAGAGCUUGAGGACUUUGCCUAUGGUAAUUUUAUCAAUAUUGAAAACAAGAGCAUUUGCAAACAAGACAAAUUUCCCCGAUUUGCGUGUUUAUUCUUUUUUCAAGUUAUCGCAGUAUGAUCUAACCAAGUUGUCAGCUUACUUAUACCCGUUACUAUUUUGUAUUCAUUCUUUGGAGGAAGGUGAAUUUAUAUCCAAUGAGCAAACGGGCAUGAUGAAUCUUUCUCAGUCUAUUCCCGUAAGUGUUGGCAACCUUGCCUUUGGUGGUGCCUAUUUGGUCUUCAAUGGUGAUCGGACUAUUAUUUGGCUCCACAGUGAUGUCAAUGUUGUGCUCUUACAGGAUUUGUUUGGUUCUCACAUCGACUCUCUCGAUAAGUUGACUACGUAUGUUUCUCAGAUGCCAGUGUUGGAUACGUAUAUUUCGUCUCAAGUUCGAAACAUUUGCGACUAUUUGGCAAAACAUUUCAACUCAACAGAAAAGCAGAGUGUGGAAAUUUGCAGAUUUAGGACGGAUCCAAAUGAGCAAGAGUUCCAAAGUAUGUUUGUCGAAGAUAAGUCAUUGGAUCUAGUUUGGUCUUAUGCCGAAUUUUUGAAAGAGCUUCAUAAGAACAUCGAAAAUAAGACAAAUAACCUAAACUCAUUAUCCUCGAAAGUGGAUAAUGAUGGAGAAAACUUAAGCCGAAGAUUCGGAAUAUUUUAAUUUCUUGUGUAAGACUGUUUUAUUUGUAUAUAUGCGGCAAAAUAGACACGUAAUGCACAACGGCUCCA